UAUCACCAAACAAUCCUUGGAAUGAAAUAAGAACAUAUUGUAAUCUUGAAAAAAAUAACUAUGAAACACCAAUUGAUAAUUCUAUUUCAAGCAUUAAUGAAAUUUCUUUGACAAGUGAUGAAAAUGAAACAAUGGAUAAGUCUGUGGAUAUAAUCGAACAAAAACAUAUUCGAUUGUGUCAUGUUCUAAGCGAGGCACAACGCAUUCUUGAUGAAUCAAAGGUUCUUCAUAAUCGGCAACGGUUUUUUGAUAAUAUGGAAGAAAAAUUAACUUCUCUUGAAAAAUUCGUUGAAGACAUUUUGCAGCAUGAAAGAAGACGUACAUUACCACGAACGUGGAAAGAUAACAAUAUAAAUACACAAUUUUAUGGCUAA